AUGCUCCCUCGAUUCUUGAGGGUGCUACCUCGUUUCCGCUUAAAAUUCGCCCGAUACCAGUCCCCGAGCGCCUGCCUCGCUCUAGCGGGGUAUUUUGGUUCCGCCGUCUCUUCCUCAUCCGUUCCAACGGUCUCCUCGCUCUCGGUGCCGGCCUUCCCCAUGGGGAUAGAGGACCCUACCGGAGCGCGGAUGCACGAGGACGCGGCCAGAGGAGGGGACCCAGAGCCGGGGGGGAGGCCGGCCGUUGCUUAUUUGGCCUGGCAAGCCUGGACCGAAGACGCUUCGGGGACCCCGGAGGGAGUGGAGCCACUCUCCUUCGAAGAGGCCGGAGGCGAGCUGUGGGAACCGGAGGACGAGAUCGAGCUUCCCGUGGAGCUGCCCAUGCCGGGCCUAAUGGACUACGGCAGCGUGGACGCAGAUGUGCAAGUUCCGACUACACUGGAGCUGGGGCAGGACAAAGCCAGAGCCCGCACCAACAUCGGGGCAGAUAUCAACACGCUGAACUACCCUCGACCGGGGCCCUAA